AUGAGCGGUGGAGUGAACAUCAAAGUCAUCUCUCAGAGUCAGAGCGACGCAGGUGUCGGCUCGAGUCUGCCUCUCCCUCGAAGCAUGAUGCCUCUCUCCAAGGUGGGUGCCAAACACCAAUACGGCGGCACCCCCAGUCCCACGGGGCAGCAUCAGCACGCGGCCAGGCGACAGCCUUCCUCCUCCUCCUCGUCAUCGUCGGUGUCGCCGGGUGCAGCGGAGCUGCUGAGAGGCGCCGCUUUUAAGAACCACCUGCUGCAGCAAAAAGCGGGCACGUAUUCUCACAGAAGCCCGGCGGCUACACAGCGAACCGAUGGAACCUGCUCGGCGUACAGCAGCCCCCAGAUACCGAAGAGGGAAGUCCGGCGCUCUAAAGACACACUGGACCUCCGGGCCAGCACGCUGAACCAGACGGCCUUGCGAGAGCUCCACUUGAGACGAACCACCAACAAAAACUGGACCUUCGGAAAAUACCGUCUGAAGAGCGUGGACAACGCAGCCGAGGGGGACGCCUUGUGCCGGCUCUCCGUCGAUGUCCAGCAGGGGCACGGAAGAGGACGUCUCUUUUAUACUAAAGGGGCGAAUGGGAAUGAGCUACCGGGCGUGUCUUCCUCUGGAAUGGCCAAUGUCCAAAAAGAGGUGAGGAACAUCUCCUACCAGCACCUGGGAGCUUCCGAAAGGGGCGUGUCCGGCGGCAAAUCAAAGUCUUCUCAUGACGCAUUCAACAUGCCGCGCAGAGGGAGCGAGCCGGGGAAAGUCAACAUGGCCGCCGUUGCUCCCUUCAGGUUCAGGUUUCAGGUCCACGAGGACACAGAUCCCGGCCUCGAUGAUCUCAGUGACUGCUCCUCUGACUCCAUGGAGGUCUGCUGUGACGAGCUCGGAGGCAUGCUUGGGAGUAGUGUGAAAGGCAGAGAAGGGGACUUGAAGAUGGAAAGGACGGAUAGCACAAAGACAUACGGCCAAGCAGAUGGCAAAGGAGUUGGUAUGGCAGCGAAGAGGGCAAAGCCCGGAGUACCCCAGGGCACACCGAGGGGUGAACUGAAGGUUUACCGGGCGGGUAGCUCCGAGGGCAGGCUCCCCGUGUCCUCCAAUCUCCGCAAGCAGAGGUCUAUGACAAACCUGGCCGUCCUCACUGACGCUGAGAAGAAGUUGCACCUCUAUGAGCCCAAGUGGUGCGAUGACAUGGCCAAGCCCGGAGCAGGGCAGACUAAGAUGGGCAAGCCAAAGACGGCAGGGGUUGGCAGCAGUGCCGGAGGGGGUGCCCCGCUCUCUCGAAACCUAUCCAAAUCGGAACACUCGCUGUUCCAGGGAAAGCCCAAGCCCUUCAGCCCCCUGGCUGCUCCGUCGGCUCUGAGCAAGCAGAGCCGCAUACCUCGUGCUCCUUAUGCCGAGGUGAAGCCCCUGAGCAAGGCGCCCGAGGAUGGGAAGUCGGAUGACGAGAUCCUCUCCAGCAAGGCGAAGGCCAACGCUAAGAAGCAGGGAGCCGGAGCCGGAGGGGAGUCCGGUUCCAAAGGCCAAGGGGAGGAAGGGGGAGACAAGGCCUUCCUGAAGGUGGACCCAGAACUGGUGGUGACGGUGCUGGGCGACCUGGAGCAGCUGCUCUUCAGUCAGAUGUUGGACCCCGAGUCUCAGAGGAAGCGGACCGUGCAGAACGUCCUUGACCUCCGCCAGAAUUUAGAAGACACAAUGUCGAGUCUGCGGGGCUCUCAGCUCAGUCAUAGCUGUAUGGACAGCAGUAAUGUGGGCUACGACAGCGACGAGACCAACGCUCGCAGCAUAUCCAGCCUGUCCAACCGCUCGUCGCCUCUCUCCUGGCGCCACGGCCAGUCCAGCCCUCGUCUUCAGGCGGGCGACGCCCCGUCCUCCACAGGCGGCGGAUACAAGGGGAGCAAGGCCGGCUCCCAGUACGCGGCCCAGACGAUGCCGGCCCGCUGCUCCAGCCACCUGAACAGCACGUCUCGCAUCGAGCUCAUCGAAGGGCUGGAGGACGCCGACCUCAAGUCCGGUUACCUGAGCGACAGCGACCUUCUGGGAAAGAGCCUGCGGGACGACGACGACGACAACCUGGCCAACGGGUGGGACGAGAGCAGCUCCAUCAGCAGCGGGCUCAGCGACGGCGAAGGCGAUGGCUCGGAGAACCUCAGUUCGGAGGAGUUCAACGUCAGCUCCUCCCUUAACUCCCUCCCGAGCACGCCCCUGGGAUCCAGACGCAGCUCCUCUGUUAUGCUUCGCACCGACGCCGAGAAGCGCUCCCUGGUGGAGAGCGGACUUUCGUGGUACAGCGAGGACGGCAAGGCCGCCCACAAGCUCGACAGCUGCAGCUACGAAACGGGGAGUCUCAAGACGGAGGCCCCGAGCAAGUGGAGGAAGAAGCCUCCGAGCCUCGGGGAAGAUUCGGGGUGCAAAGGAGAACUGAGGAAGCCUCAGAGCUUGGGUCCUCCGGGUAGUUUCAGGAAGGGCCGUAACCCUCCCAUAGGCGUGACCUCCCCCAUCACCCAUACCUCUCAGAGCACUUUGAAAGUCGCAGCGCCUAAAAGUGAGAAGCCGCAGGACAAAUCCAGGAUUUCCCUCAAAACUGCUGGUCUGCAACGGUCUCGUUCGGAUGCUGGAAGGGAUCACCUUGGAGAGCACCGCAAGCCCCCGUCAGGUUUAGUGAAGCCCACAGCCGGCGCCUCCUUCGGCUACAAGAGGCCACCGACAGCCACCGGUACCGCCACUGUGAUGACAGCAGGGGGCGCCACCAUCUCCAGUGGCUCUGCUACUGUGGGGAAAAUCCCCAGGUCUUCUGGCAUCCCAAUGAAGCCUGUGGGAGGAGGGACGCCCUCGGGUCGAAAGAACAGUUUCGAUGCCAGCAGCGAGCAGAGCUUCCUGGGGCCGAACGUCCGAAACAGCAUUCAGUACCGCAGCCUGCCUCGACCGGCCAAAUCCAGCACGUUCAGCGUGAUCGGUCGCUCUGCGCCUCGGCCCAUGAGCGGUACCAUUGACCCCAGUCUGUUGACCCUGAAACCUGUGCCCAUGUCCUCCACGGGCCCCCGGAUUAAAGAGCCCGGGAGCUGUAAGAUGUCUAAUCGAGCGAGCACAGGCCCAGUGAACAUGACGGACCGAGAGAAGGAGAAGGAGAGAGCCAAGGCCAAGGCUGACCUAGACUGUGGCUCUCUGAAAGGAGAGUCCACGGGGGAGUCCACGAUGAAGCUGCAGGGCCUGAGACGGACCAGCAGCGGCAAAUACCCUGAACUGUCCUCGCCCACCACACCAAGGAUGCUGAACACUAAGUCUCUGGGUCGUCCACCCAGCUUGGCCCACCUGGACAAGGUCAACUCCAACAGUCUCGAUUACUGCGUGACCCUCCAGGACCUCCCUCCCAAAGUCCCCCCUUACUCCAAGCUGCAGGACCUUGCUGCUUCCCACACCUCCUCCCGCCUCACCAUGAGCCCGGCGCCUGUGCUCCACAUCGAUUCCCCCGGCUCCUACACCAGUGAAAGCCUGAGUCUCAGCGGGUCGCCCCUGCUCUACCCCAAGCUGUCUGGCAUGCACCGCAGCAUGGAGUCCCUGCCGCUCCAGAUGAGCGUGCCUUCCAGUGCGAGGUUUGUCCGAACUGAGAUGCAUGACAAGGAUGAGAGGGGUACGGGGACCUGGGGAGCCGGCAGCAGGACGUCCCUCAACCUCACAGAUAGCUUGCAAACAGACAGAAAUACCUUGCCGAAGAAAGGCUUAGAACGCUACGGCUCGAGCCUGUCGGACAGCGACGGCAAACCGGGACGCCGCCACUCCCACAACAUCGUGAGCAUGGCGGAGAGCGAGAGCCCCCCCCAGCUGCCGUCUCCCACCCGCACGCUCCUCCUCCCCUCCUCCGGCAAGGCUCCUCUCACCAACGUGGUUGCCCCAAUUUCCUGCGGCACCCCGAGGAUAUCGCGCUCCAACAGCAUAGGCCCACCCAGCGAGUCGACCUGCGAUCUCUAUGGCUCCUCCCCCCUGGGCAGCAGCAUGUCCCUGGCCGACCGGCCAAAAAGCAUGAUGCGCUGUGGGUCUUUCCGGGAACCAGGGGAUGAUGUGCACGGCUCCGUGCUCUCUUUGGCGUCCAACGCGUCAUCCAACCAUUCCUCGAAUGAGGAGAGGAUCCAAGGGGAGCAAAUCCGAAAGCUGAGGCGAGAGCUGGAGUCUUCCCAGGAAAAGGUUGCCGACUUGACCAUGCAGCUUAGUGCCAAUCUCGGCCAGGCUAAUCUGGUAGCAGCUUUUGAACAGAGCUUGGCGCUGAUGACGGCACGCCUGCAGACCCUGUCGGUCUCCUCGGACCAAAAGGACUCUGAGCUCACGGAGCUGAAGGACACCAUCGAGGUUCUGAGGGUCAAAAACACAGAGGCCCAAGAAAUCAUUCACGGGGCUCUCAGCGCUCCCGACAUCGAACCUAAAGAACCUCUGAUCAAUCGGCAGAACUCGUCCGAAAGCAUCUCCAGCCUCACCAGCAACACCAGCCACUCGAGUAUCGGUAGUCUCAAAGAGCAGGAGGCCAAGAAGAAGAAGAAGAAGAGCUGGUUGCGCAGCUCCUUCAACAAGGCCUUUAGUAAGAAGGGCUCCAAGCAGUCUGGGCCGUAUGCCGACAUUGAGGAAAUUUCCACCCCAGAGUCCUCUGCGCCAUCCUCCCCUCGAGUCCACCACGUUGGGAACCACCCUCAGUUGUCAAUGAAAUCCUCUUCAUCAUCAGGGCUCUGUGAGGAAGAAGAUGAGGCGGGCGAUGAUAAGGUCGUAACAGAACUGCGUACAGAGCUGUGGGAGAAGGAGCGCAAACUGACAGACGUCCGCCUGGAGGCUCUGAGCUCCGCCCAUCAGCUGGAGCAGCUGCAGGACGCCAUGGACAACAUGCAGUCGAAAGUGGAGAACCUGAAGGCCGAGAACGACCACCUGAAGACGAGUACCCUGUCCCCCUGUCCAUCUCCCGGACCCUCCAGCUCUGUCUCCCAGUCCUCGGGCCUCACUGCUCUGGGAAGCUCGUCACCUCGACAGUCCGUCGCCAUGCACAUGCCCAAGAGCUACAGCAGAGGGCCGAGUGAGGGGAGCAGCAGCUCAGACGUCUUCUUUGCAGAUUCCCUCAGUCUUUCCUCGCAGAGGGAUGACCACCGUGUCCGGGUGGUGAUUUGUGUCGCAGAUUUACACGUCUUCAAAGACGAGGUCAAACAGCAGGACUUCUUCGUCGGCACCGUCAGGGUGAAUGGCAGGAUGGACUGGCCCAUGCUGGACUCAGCAGUCAGCCAGGCGUUCAAGGUGUACAUAGCCAAGGUGGACCCCACUUCUAGUCUGAGCCUGUCCACAGACUCCAUCUACAGUUACAGUAUGGGCCACAUCAAGAGAGUGCUGGGAGGAGAGUCUCCAGAGACACAGCCCUCUCGCUGCAUGUCCCGAGGCCCCAGUAGCAUCACCGUGGCCCUGAAAGGUUUGAAGGAGAAGUGUGUGGACAGCCUGGUAUUCGAAACCCUCAUUCCCAAACCCAUGAUGCAACACUACAUCAGCCUGCUGCUCAAACACCGCCGUCUCAUCCUGUCUGGACCGAGCGGGACGGGCAAGAGCUACCUCGCUUCCCGGCUGGCUGAGUACCUGGUGGACCGCAGCGCCCGCGAAGUCACCGACGGCAUCGUGGUCACUUUCAACAUGCACCGGCAGUCAUGCAAGGAGCUGCAGCUUCAUCUUUCCAACCUGGCCAAUCAAAUCGAUCGGGAAACCAGCACGUCAGAAGUGCCGCUCGUCGUUAUCCUGGAUGACAUUCACGGGCCCGCUUCCAUCAGCGAACUGGUCAAUGGCGCGCUCACCUGCAAGUAUCACAAAUGCCCUUACAUUAUUGGAACAAGCAAUCAGCCAGUGAAGAUGAUUGCCAACCACGGCCUCCAUCUCAGCUUCAGGAUGGUGACCUUCUCCAACAAUGUGGAGCCAGCCAACGGCUUCCUGGUGCGCUACUUGCACAGGAAGCUGAUGGAGUCGGAGGAUGAGAAAAACUUGACCAACGAGGACCUGAUCCGGGUGUUAGACUGGGUGCCCAAACUGUGGUAUCAGCUGCACGCCUUCUUGGAGAAGCACAGCACGUCGGACUUCCUCAUUGGACCCUGCUUCUUCCUGUCGUGUCCUGUCACGGUGGAGGAGUUUCGAUCGUGGUUCAUUGACCUUUGGAACCACUCUAUCAUUCCUUACCUGCAAGAGGGGGCCAAGGACGGCAUCAAGGUCCACGGCCAGAAGGCGGUGUGGGAGGACCCAGUGGAGUGGGUGCGGGGCACCCUGCCUUGGCCUUCUGCGCAGCAAGACCAGGCAAAGCUGUUCCACUUGCCUCCCCCCAGCAUUGGCCCCAGCAGCCCUGGUCAGCCCUGCGAGGAGAGGCCUCACAAGGAGACUCCACCCAGCUCCAUGGAAUCUGAUCCACUGAUGGCAAUGCUUUUGAAACUCCAAGAGGCUGCCAAUUACAUCGAAUCCCCAGAAAAAGAAGACCAGAGUCUGCCAAAACUUUGAACACAAAGCUGACACUUAACAAUUAGCACUUCAACUUUUCUUUGUUUUUUUUUUGUCCGCUGUGAUGAUGCAGCGCUCAUUCAGGAACAAAUUAUCCCGAAGGGUAUAUGGGGUGAUUUAAACCAUCAUUCCGGUAGGUUAAGAGUAUAACUAGGCCAUUACAACAUGCAUACAGUUAGUUCAAAAUACCGUAUUUUCAAAAAGAACACAUUCUAUUACUUUAUUGUGUAUUUGACUGGAUGCCAUUCCCUUUAGUUUAGAUUCCCUCACCUCCACGUUAGCGCUCAGUACUCUUAGAUCGGUGCUAAAAGAUCACGAAGAAUCGUCUCGGCACUUCAGACUUCAGGUGAUUUCUGCAACAGCACACAUGCAUCAUGGGAUAUGGAGUGCUUGUCAACGGGAGCUGUUCUCAAUUAUGGUGACUCAUUUUGGAAAAAAGAGUAUGACAGAUGGUACAUAUCUACUGUAUAAGUCUUUCAAGGCCAAAUCGUAUACAUAUGCAAUCCUUAACUUUACGACCUGAGCAGGUGAAACAAAUACAAUGCCUUAAGAACAAAGACGUAAAACAUCAUCUCAACUUCAGCAGAGAACACUGGUGCUUUCAUCGAUAUCACCGCAGCUGUCAGG